UUCGGUGGUGUUCGCCGGGCCUGGGCGGCUCGGUGGGGCGGUUGUCCGUAGGGUAGACGUCUCGCUGGCGGCGGAGAUGGAUCUGCGCCUCGCUGAGCUGGUGGAGGAGCUGACUACCUCGGGGGAGCCGCGGCUGGAGCCGGGCAAGAUGAAGGAGCUGAAGAAGAUCUGCAAGUCUUCAGAUGAACAUAUCAGCCAUGCCUGUCACCUGCUGCUGACACGGCUCCGUGAGGAGCACGCCGAGAUACGCUUCUCGGCAUUCCAGAUCGUGCAGGAGCUGUUCUCCAGAUCCCAUAAGUUCCGGACUCUACUUAUUUCCAGCUUCCAAGAUUUCUUGGAGCUCACAGUGGGGAUAGACCAUGAGCAGCCUCUUCCGCCACCCAAAGAGGUGGCACAGAAGUUGAGGAAAGAAACCAUUAAGUCAGUGCAAGAAUGGCAUGAGAAAUAUGGGGAGGCCUACAAGAAGCUUGCUCUGGGAUACCACUUCUUAAAGCAGAAUAAGAAGGUAGAUUUUGAAGAUGUGCAUGCCAGAACCAUUGCUGAAAGGAGGAGGGAAGAGGAGAAGCAAAAACGAUUGGAUAAUGUUUACAAAGAAAAAGCCAAAAGAGCUGAAAAAGAAAUGGAAGAAAUGUCCCAAGAGAUUGCUGACACACUGACAGAGAUGGAAAACUGUUUCCGGCUUCUCCUGCCAGACCCUUUUGACUUCACUGUGCACAACGCAGAACUGGAACCCAACAAACAAGUGUCUGCUAAUGAGGGUAGACCUGUAUCCCCCUGGUCUUCUCAGAUGGAAGUGAACCAGUCCUACCUUGAAUGCAUGGAUGAUGAGCAGCCGUGCUGCAGCAAGGACAUUCUUUCUCAGUGUGUUAGAACUGAUACAGAGUUAGAUGAGAAACAGGAAAAGCUGGAACAAAAAGACUUGGAUGAAGGCACAUGCUCAGAAGUUCAAUCUGGUGUCCUUGCUCUCGAUGAUGAUGAUGAUUAUGAGACUUUUGUUAGGAACCAUGGGCUUAUUUCACACAAGUAUACUCUAGACAUUGAAGUCUCCACAGAUAUAAAAGUGCAUGAGAAUGAAGAUAAUACUGCUAUAAUAAACAAUGUCAUGGAUGCUCACAGACUUCUCAGAAAUAAGUUCUGGCCUUCUGUGCAGUCCUGGAUCCAGUUAUUUACCAAAGCAGGAAUAAAUGAUGAUCGGUUAAGAUGUGCCAUUGAUCUCAAGAAUAAAAUGGAGACUGCUAUGAAGAAAUACAGGGAAAUGAACAUUUCGUUUAGAGCAAGAAAAAGAAAAGUGAUGAAAGCCUUGGACGAUGAUGACGAUGAGGAUGAAGAUGAAUUUGUGGAGGUCCCUGAGAAGGAAGGUUAUGAGCCCCACAUUCCAGACCACCUGCGUAAGGAAUAUGGGCUAGAACCCCAGUCACCUCCAAAAGCCCUGGUGGGGACGACAUCAACAGGACCAGCUCCACUGAGUUCCCGCACCCAGCUGAAGGGGAAUGAAGAUGAACUUGAUCCAACCUGUGCAGCUGCCACACUGAAACUUAUCAGAGACAAACUGCCAAAGUUACCACCUUCACAUGCCAGUGACUCUGCAACUACUGAGCCAGCAGGCUUCGAAAAGCCUGACAGUAAGAGAAGAAAACUAGAAGAAGAAAGGGCUAAAGCUCCCCUCAUGCCUUUUGGAUUAGAUCUUCACUACUGGGGACAGGAUCAGCCAAGUGCUGGGAAGAUUCUCAAAUUUGCUUCUGAGCAUCGAUUUUGGGCACCCAGUGAAGUAGAGGAAGAGGUGGAAAAUAAAGAAAUAAGUGAAAUGUUAAAAACUAGAUAUAUCACAUUUGCUGGCAAGUUUGAACCAGUGAAACAUAAAUGUCGAGCACGGAUGCCUGAUGGAAGGCUGUGUGAAAGACAAGAUCGGAUUAAGUGUCCUUUCCAUGGAAAGAUAAUUCCUCGGGAUGAAUCUGGGAUUCCCAUAAAUGCUGAGGACAGAGCCAGAGAAGAAAAGAUGCGGUUUGAGAAGCAAGCAGCUCAGCCAGAGUGGCGAGAUCCAGAAUUCAUGAGAGAAAUUGAAGCAGCCACAGGAGUGGAUCUUGGUUCCUCUAAAAUUAAUGGAAAAGAAGGGAAAAAGAAAGGGAAGAAGAAAAAAUACCCAAAUCUGACAGACCUGAAGCAGCAGGCUAACACUUCUCGUUCCCGGCUUGAGAAGAAAGUCUUCAAUAAAGGUGCCAUGAAACGGGUGGUGAAAGCGAUGAACCGAGUGGACCAAAGGAAGCACGAGAAGUUUGCCAACCAGUUUAACUAUGCACUGAAUUAAGUUGUUAAUCUUCUUUACCCUUCAGGUGAUUACAAAAGUGCAAGUGCACAAAACCUUUAGCAUAGAUCUUCAUAUUUGUACUGAAACACUGUGCUUGGUGUGGUUUUACUGGGAUAAUCUCUUUUGCUUUCAACUUUAACUUAUUUGAUAAUAACAUGAAUUUUGACAAAGAUGUGGAAGUAUAGAAUGGAAUGCAUUCCACAAUUAUUUCAAUUAUUUGAAAUAUACAUGAAAUAGAGCAUGUUUUAUGACUUGUA